UAUUCACAUAAAAUGGCAGAACUACCAGAAGCAAAAAAGGAAGAUGCAGCAAUGCCACUGGAGACCACAGCAGAUUCCACACAUCCAGUAAAUGAUGUCAAGCCUCUUGAGGAGCAGAAUGAGAGACCCGUAAAUAUUGGAGAAAGUGAGAUAGUCAAAGAGCAGGUAAAAGAGUCAGCAUAUGAAGAAUCUGUCCCUCAUGAAGAAGGAGAAGCUUCUUCCACCUUCCAGGCCACACCAGCAAAGAAAAUGAAGGUGGAGGUAGAGAAGAAGAAAGAGAAACGGCAUAAGGUGGAUGAAGAUGAAAUACAGAAGAUGCAAAUUUUAGUCUCAUCAUUUUCCGAAGAGCAGCUGAAUCGAUAUGAAAUGUACCGACGGUCAGCCUUCCCUAAGGCAGCCAUUAAAAGGCUCAUUCAGUCCAUCACAGGCUCAUCUGUGUCACAGAAUGUAGUUAUUGCAAUGUCUGGUAUUUCAAAGGUCUUUGUGGGAGAAGUGGUUGAGGAAGCUCUAGAUGUCUGUGAGAAGUGGGGAGAAACUCCUCCUCUGCAGCCGAAGCAUUUAAGAGAAGCAGUGCGGAGACUGAAAAACCGAAGCCAAAUUCCCAACACCAAGUACAAGCAGGUCCUCCUGCUUUGAGACUUCACAAACCAGGGUUUGCCAACAUUUUACUACAUGUCACACUCUGAGCCAUUUCAUCCAAGCACUUCUACGUGCAAAGAAAUGUCCUUAGGCUUCUGAGAAGGAGAGUUGACUUUACUUGAUCCUGCUACCGCUGGUAGAUUAAUGGCAUUUUGUGUCCACUAGCUGUGCACUGUCAAGCAUCAGGUAAAAAGGAUAAAAGAGGCAGCAGCAAAGGGGUGUGAAUUACUUUAUGACUGUGUUUUAUGAGAUAAAAUAUAUAGUAUUCUCUUAAAUGGACUGUACAGUAAAGCUGGAGAUACAUGAAUUACAAAAUGCUAAGUAGGAGUGGGGGGUUGCACAGAUGCUGAAAGAAAAUGCCAUGCAAUUUCAGGAUGUUUUAUGAUGAUUUGUUUUAUGAGGUAAAAUGUAAAAAGGGUUUUGUUUUUCAUCUUCUAUAUGGACUGUACAAAAAGAACCUGAAUUUGGUGGCUCUCAUUAUAAUAUGCUAAGAAGAAAUGGAGAGUUGUGGAUGCUGAAAGGAAGACUCUGCAAUUUUGAGUUGGGGCAAAAUUGCAAAGGUGAUCUUAAUGUGCUGUAAUAUAAACAUUUUUGCAACAGAUCAUAUUCACUAGAGAUUGUCAAUAUAUAAACUUUUUUCACCAUA